GAAACAAUCACUAUUCAUUCUCUUUCCUUAAGUGUCAACUCUUAAAAAAAAGCUACUUUGAAGAAGAAAAAUGUCUAAGAAGAAGAAAGGCAACAACUUUAAGCUUCUCUGUUUCUUCCUGUUUUUGACUGGUUUGAUUCAGACAGAUGCUUCUUUUGGAGUAGGAGGCGGCGUUGGAGUUGGAAUCGGCGGUGGUGGCGGUGGCGGUGGUGUUUGGAUUGGCGGCGGAUACAACAACGGCGGUAACCGUAAUACUGUUCCAGGAUCAGCUCCAAACAGAGUAGCUUACAAUGCUCUUCAAGCUUGGAGAUCAGCUAUUACAGAGGAUCCAUCUAAUGUUCUUAAAACAUGGGUUGGAUCAGAUGUUUGUUCUUACAAAGGUGUGUUCUGUUCUGGUCAAUCUAUAACCUCCAUAGAUCUUAACCAUGCAAAUCUCAAAGGCACACUUGUCAAAGACCUAGCUUUACUCUCAGACCUCAAUAUUCUCCAUCUGAACAGUAACAGAUUCUCAGGGCAAAUCCCAGAUUCUUUCAAAUCUUUAGCUUCUCUUCAAGAACUUGAUCUAAGCAACAAUAAACUCUCAGGUCCUUUCCCUUUAGUCACACUCUACAUACCAAACCUGGUUUAUCUCGAUCUCCGGUUUAAUAGUUUCUCCGGUUUCAUCCCUGAAGAGCUUUUCAACAAACGGUUAGACGCGAUUCUCCUCAAUAACAACCAAUUCGUCGGAGAAAUCCCAAGAAAUCUCGGAAAUUCUCCGGCUUCGGUGAUUAAUCUCGCAAAUAACAGAUUUUCCGGCGAAAUUCCGACGAGUUUUGGCCUCACGGGUUCAAGAGUGAAGGAAGUUUUGCUUUUGAAUAACCAGUUAACCGGUUGUAUACCGGAAUCUGUUGGUAUGUUCUCUGAAAUUGAAGUCUUUGACGUUAGCUACAAUGCCCUAAUGGGUCAUGUUCCAGAUACGAUCUCUUGCUUGUCGGCGAUUGAAAUUUUGAAUCUUGCUCACAACAAAUUCUCCGGGGAGGUUCCUGAUUUGGUUUGUUCGUUGAGGAAUUUGAUUAAUCUCACUGUUGCUUUCAAUUUCUUCUCUGGGUUUAGCUCUGAAUGUUCUUCCAGGAUUAGUUUCGGGUUCGAUUUCGUCGGAAAUUGUAUUCCCGGGAGGAAUAUGCAGCGGCCGCAGCCGGAUUGUUCGGGUUACUCCGGCGGAGCAAUGAGCUGUUUUAGGAUUCCGACGCAGCCUUUGGCUUGUGCUGCGAUAAGUGUGGGACUGAGAGAGGGUAACAAUCAGUACUACACUUCAUCUCCAUGAAAGUUUUUUAAAGUUAGAAGCUUUUUUAUUAACGGUUUAUGCUUAAAGAUGUAUCCUUUUUGUGACUUAAUUAGUUUAUAAGUAACCAAAUUAAAUGUUAAGUCAUCUUCUGUGUAAUCGAAUCGUGCUAAUGUUUAUUUGUAAUCAGAAGAAUUUUGUAAAAUCUAACAUAAGAAUAAGGUGCCAUGAAAUGU